UCUUCGAAUCCCGAUCUCUUCUUUGGACUGAAGGGUGGCUACAACAACUUCGGCAUAGUCACGACAUUCACCUUCCAGACAUAUCCUCAAGGUCAGGUCUGGGGCGGUCAGAUCACAUAUCCAUCAUCGAGCGUCAAUAAUGUUAGCGCUGCCACGGCAACCUUUUCGUCGAAUGUCACCGACCCGAAGGCGGCUAUCAUCACCACCUACGACUAUACCGGUGGGCUGAUUCUUGCGUCUGUCAUAAUCUUCUACGAUGCUCCUAAUCCUCCGUCGGGGAUUUUUGACGACUUCCUGUCAAUACCGGCAUUGGCGACCAACGUCAAGACACGGUCUUUCCUAUCCUUGGUACAAGUCGAGCCGACGCAGGAAACAGCCAACUUCCGCGGAUAUUACAAUACAGUGCCUUUGACGGAGAUCACCGAGGGCAUUCUGAACGACGUGCUCACGGAAGCUCAGUAUUGGGGCGAACAGCUGCAACUCGACUCGGACCAGAUCAUCAGUUACGACGUCGAGCCGUUCCUUCCGACUAUUCUCACGCACGGAGGCCCGUCGGCAUACCCGUGGACACGCACUGAGCGCUACCUGCCGUUGAACAUAUAUUUCAGCUGGUCGGACGAGACUUAUGACAGCGACUACUAUACUGCGAUCACGCAGACUGCGACAAAUCUGACGUCUGCUGCGGUGGCGGAGGGACAAACGAACAUCUCAGGCGCGCCGCACUACCCGAAUUAUUCGCUGUACGGGACACCGAUCUCGGAAAUCUAGGGCACCGCGCUGCCGACGCUCGUGGAGCUGAAGCGGACAUACGAUCCAAAUAAUGUGAUGGGUCUUGCAGCUGAAUGGAAGGUGCCAGCGUGACCAAUUGAUGUAUGGGCUUAUAUUUGAGUCUGU